UAAUGCAACUUUUUGAAGAACAGUUAAAUAUUAGAAGACUAUUUUUAUUUGCCUUUCUUUUGUUGUAUAUACCAAGCAAUUCCUAUUGUUGUCUUCUAUGUCCUUUACAUAUCCCCGCUAGGCCUAAACCGUUGGAUCAAUUUCGUGUGCCAUCCAUUCAAAAAUUAAUUAGAACGUCGGAAACAAUUGAGUGGCUUUGUCAAAAUGGAUCUAGGUUAUCCACAAUAUCACCAGAAUGCCGUUCAGAAGUCGCCCAUUUAUUCUGUUCAUUAACGGGCUUUGUAGCUUCCUUAAAGGCUGAGGAAUGCCCUGGACAAGAAAAUAAAGAACAAUGUGUUAAAUGUCGAAAAGAAAAUGAACGUCUUUACAAUGUUAAUAAAUGGAUUAUGACUUGGGUAGAUUCUGUUGGGAAAAUGCCGUCGGGAAUUAGUGAUGGAAAUUAUCAUUGGCUAGGAGAUUAUGAACAGUGUCAAAGGCUUAAAAAUCAAGGUUUGUUCAACGGCCGUUAUUGCUUACUUGAAUUCCACGUACCUGGAGCGGUUAUUCGACCUGAACAAUGUCCUGAAAAGGGAACAGAUCCAUUAGAAGUUGUGCUUGGAAUUUGUUUACCUGCAAAUUGUUCAACAGAAGAAACUCAGGGACUUGUUGAAUAUGUUGCCGAGCAUCACCCAAUCCAAGUAAAUUGUCAACCACCAGGGCAAUGGCCCCUUGUCGGUAUUAUUUUGGUUGGAAUUUUGCUUCUUUGGUUGUCUCUUUUGUUGUUUGUUUCUGCCUUUCGUUGGUUUCAUCAUUUACAAUUUCCUCCGAUAUUUGACGCUUUUUGUCUUCAAAUACAUUUAAGGCAUUCUCUUAGGACAACACAACCAAAAGACAAUCAACGUUUUCAAUCAAUUCAUGGAAUUCAAGUUAUUGCUGCCUCUUUAUUGGUUUUAGGCCAAUCUCAAGUACUUGUCCUUCCUUAUUUGGAAAAUACUGGCCAUCAUUAUGCUUUAUUGGAAAAAUGGCCGGCACAAAUUGCCUUAAACCCAACUUUAUUAGCGGACACUCUUUUAGCUUUAGAUUUAUUUCAGUUAGCGGUAAAUGAAAGUAAACGAUGUCCUAAACGUUCACUAAUUCAAAUUGUUUGGAGAAGAUUUCUUAGAAUCUGGCCAAUAUAUGCAUUAAUAACGCUUUCAAUGGCUUUUGUAUUUGCCCAUUUGGGUGAAGGGCCAAUGUGGUCUAGAACUGAUAUUGCAAAAAGAUGUUCAAAUAAUUGGCCAGAAAAUAUAUUUUUUAUACAAAAUUUGUUGGGAUAUUCUCAUACUUGUUUAAAUUUUGGCCAUUUAAUAUCAUUAGAAGCUCAAUUUAUUUUAUUUUUAUUUCUUCCAAUUUUCUAUUUAAUUUCAAAUGGAUAUAGACGUUCAAUUUUAAUUUUGUUAAUUUCUGGAUUAAUUCUAAGCAAUUUAUUAUUUUUAUUUUUUGGAUUUUUAUUUAAAUUUCCCCCAACACUUAUUCCACAUUUGAGAAUGGAAAUUGAAGAUUUUGCACCUUUUGCUAAUUUUUUGAUUACACCAUUUGCCAGAGCUAGUUCUCCAAUUAUUGGCCUUCUAUUUGCUUUAUUUUUACUGCAAAAAUGGGAUGAAUGGCAACAUUUAGUUAAAGCUCUAUCAUUAAUUGGUUUAUUAACAACUUUAUUUUUAAUGAUGUUUAUAUUGUGGGCGCCUUUUUGGAUAUUUAAUGAUUCAAUUAUUUCUUUAAUUUAUGGGACUAUACACAGACCUUUUUGGUCGUUUUUGCUUUUUUGUUUUUUGGGGUUUUUGGAAGCUAAUUUAAAAGGAAGUGGUAAGUUUUGUUUGUUGUUGUUUUCCCUUCAUUUGUUAGUCUGUUUUGGAAUAUGGCAAAGUUAG